GCGCGCGGUCACGUUUUCCACUAUGUGACAGCGGCAAGUCAGCGGCAGCGGCGGCGAAGGCGGGCUGCGCUGCGGCUACACGCUGCUCACUACGCGCUGCUCUCGGCGGCUGCGACAGCGGGCGCCAGUUCGGCGGGCAGACGCGCGAACGGACCAGCGGACAAGCGAGGACGCGGCUCCCAGCUUCCUUCAGGAGCCAACAUGAAUGAAUUUGCUGGAUUUGCCCCCAACCCCAGUAGCCCCACGAAGGAGUCCAUGGAGCCCACAUCCAGGGUCUUGCUCCAGGAAGAUGUCGACAUGAGCAGUGGCUCAAGCGGAAAUGAGACCAACGAGAACUGCUCCACAGGGCGGGACUCGCAGGGCAGUGACUGUGACGACAGUGGCAAGGAGCUGGGGAUGCUGGUGGAGUCACCCGAUUCUCAAGAGAGUCCAAGUGCCUAUAGCCUGAUGCUGGCGAAGUCUGAACACAACCCAUCUACAAGCGGUUGCAGUAGUGAGCAGUCUGCCAAAGCCAACACGCACAAGGAACUAAUCAGAACGCUCAAGGAGCUGAAGGUCCACCUCCCCACAGACAAGAAGGCCAAGGGGAAAGCCAGCACGCUGGCGACCUUGAAGUACGCCCUGAGGAGCGUGAAGCAGGUGAAAGCCAACGAGGAGUAUUACCAGCUGCUCAUGUCCAGCGAGAAGCACAGCUGCGGCCCGGAGGUGCCCUCCUACACCAUAGAGGAGAUCCAGAGCGCCACCUCCGAGGUCAUUAUGAAGAGCACGGACAUGUUUGCUGCAGCUGUGUCCCUGGUCACCGGGAAAACCCUGUACAUCUCCAACCAGGUGGCCUCCAUCUUCCGCUGUAAGAGAGACACCUUUCACGAUGCCAAGUUCGUGGAGUUCUUGGCGCCCCAUGACGUUAGCGUGUUCCACAGCUCCACCACGCCUUACAAGCUUCCUCCGUGGAGUGUCUGCAGUGGGACAGAUUCUUCCACUCAAGAAUGCAUGGAGGAGAAGUCUUUCUUCUGCCGUGUCAGCUUCGGGAAGAACCAUGAAGAUGAGAUCCACUACCACCCGUUCCGUAUGACGCCUUACCUGGUCAAGGUGCCGGAGCAGCAGGGCGCUGAGAGCCAGCUGUGCUGCGUGCUGCUGGCAGAGAGGGUGCACUCCGGCUACGAAGCCCCUAGAAUUCCUCCGGAAAAGAGAAUUUUUACGACCACACAUACACCCAGUUGUUUGUUCCAGGACGUAGACGAAAGAGCGGUCCCGCUCCUGGGCUACCUACCUCAAGACCUGAUCGAGACUCCCGUGCUUCUGAAGCUUCACCCCAGUGACCGGCCCUUGAUGCUUGCCAUCCACAAAAAGAGGGCAGCUAGAAAGGGUCAAUAUGGGGAAGGUGACUACUCUCCCCUUCGGUUCCGCACCCGGAAUGGGGAGUACAUCACACUGGACACCAGCUGGUCCAGCUUCGUCAACCCCUGGAGCAGGAAGAUCUCCUUCAUCAUCGGGAGGCACAGAGUCAGAGUGGGCCCUUUGAACGAGGAUGUGUUUGCUCAGCCGUGCGCAGAGGAACAGCCGGCCCUGCACCCCAGCAUCCAGGAGCUCAUGGAGCAGAUCCACCGGCUGCUGCUGCAGCCCGUCCCGCACAGUGGUUCCAGCGGCUACGGGAGCCUGGGCAGCAAUGGGUCCCACGAACACCUCAUGAGCCAGACCUCCUCCAGUGACAGCAAUGGCCAGGAGGACGCCCGCCGGAGGAGAGCAGAAAAUUCUAAAAAUGCGAACAAGGUCAAAACCAAAAGUCAUUAUUCUGAUGAAUCUGGAGAACAGAGGAGAAAAUCUGCUACAGAAAUGCAAAGUAGUUCUCCUGCUCAGACGACAGCUGUCCCGGCCGCAGAGGACAGCUCCGGUGCCAGCCCACCCACUGCCGCCUUUCCAGAGGAGCUGGCCUGCAGGAACCAGCCGGCCGGCUCCUACCAGCAGAUCAGCUGCCUGGACAGUGUCAUCAGGUACUUGGAGAGCUGCAGUGAGGCCACCACCCUGAAGAGAAAGUGUGAAUUCCCCUUGAAUGCUUCCACGCAGAAGGCCAGUGACAAGCGGAAGGCCACAGGCAGCCCCAGGCCACCUCCUGCAGAGGCAGUGGUGCCCUCUAGAGCAAACACACAUGCGGACGUCAGCGCGCACUUGACCUCACUGACACUGCCCGGCAAGGCGGGGAGCGUGGUGUCUCUUACCAGCCAGUGCAGCUACAGCAGCACCAUCGUGCACGUGGGUGACAAGAAGCCACAACCUGAGCUAGAGAUGGCGGAAGACCCUGCAAGUGGACCUGAGUCCCUGGACUGCCCCGUGGGCCCCGCCGUGCCCUGCAGCCUAAGCCAGGAGAAGGAGCCCUUCCGGAGGCUGGGCCUCACCAAGGAAGUGCUGGCCGCCCACACCCAGAAGGAGGAGCAGAGCUUCCUGUUGAAGUUCAAGGAAACGAGGAAACUUAGUGUCCUCCAGUCUCACUGCAGUUAUUACUUACAAGAAAGAGCCAAGGGGCAGUUGAGUGAAAGAGCUCCUCCUGGACUAAGAAACACCUGUGGAAUAGAUUCAGCUUGGAAAAAAACUGGGAAGAACAGAAAACUGAAGUCCAAACGGGUCAAGCCUCGGGACUCCUCUGAAAGCACUGGGUCUGGGGGCUCCGUGCCCCACCGGCCCCCGCUGGUGGGCCUGAAUGCCACAGCCUGGUCACCAUCAGACACAUCCCAGUCCAGCUGCCCCUCGAUGCCCUUCCCUACCCCCGUGCCAGCUUACUCCCUGCCAGUGCUCCCAGCCACAGGAAUUGUACCAGUGCCAGGGGCCGUGGCAGCAGCACCUAUGGAGCCCCACACCAGCUUCGCGGUGCCUGCUGUGCCCAUGGACAUCCAGCCCCCACCUUUCACUGCUCCCUUGGCCCCAGUCAUGGCCUUGGUGUUACCCAGCUAUCCCUUCCCCACAGUGACCCCAAACUUGCCCCCGACCUUCUUCCCUGGCCAGAUGGUCCCUGCCUCGCAGCCUGAGUUCCCUGGUCAAACCUCACCCCCCAAACAGUCGUGUGCUUGUCCUCGGGCAGAGCGUUGGCCACCGGUGUCACGUGUGGCCACCCCAGCUACACCAAUGUCGUCCACCGGGCCGUUGGGUCGGGCCUCCCCACCACUUUUCCAGUCCCGUGGCAGCUCACCCCUGCAGCUCAACCUACUCCAGCUGGAGGAGGCCCCUGAGGGCAGUACUACAGCUGCAGGGACAGCAGAGACAGCAGGUGCUGGGCCGGACUGCAAACCAGGCACAUCCUGGGACUGGCCACCAAAGGCACCGCCGAAUGCAAGGAUCCCCUGCUGCUCUUUCUCUACAGCGGGUGGCCCCGCAGCACCCACGCAAGAUGAGCCCUCAGAUGCCCAGAACAGUGAUGCCCUCUCCACGUCCAGUGACCUGCUUGACCUCUUACUGCGCGAGGACCUCUGCUCAGCUGCAGGGUCAGCCCUGUCUGGAAGUGGGGCCUCUGCCACCUCAGACUCUCUGGGCUCCAGCUCUCUGGGCUGCGAUGCAUCCAGAAUUGGGACAGGCAGUAGUAACACCAGCCACACCAGCAAAUAUUUUGGAAGCGUUGACUCUUCAGAGAAUAAUCACAAAGCCAAAGCGAAGGCAGACAUGGAAGAAAGUGAGCACUUCAUCAAGUAUGUCCUCCAGGACCCCGUCUGGCUGCUGAUGGCUGACACUGACGACAGUGUCAUGAUGACGUACCAGAUGCCUUCCCGAAACGUAGACGCGGUUUUGAAGGAGGACAGAGAGAAGCUGAAGUUGCUGCAGAAACUGCAGCCCCGGUUCACCGAGCGGCAGAAGCAGGAGCUGCAGGAGGUGCACCCAUGGAUGCGGGCGGGCGGGCUGCCCACGGCCCUCGAUGUGUCGGAAUGUGUUUACUGUGAAAGCCAAGGAAAAAGCAACUUUUGUGUACCAUAUGAAGAAGACAGUCCUCUAGGACUCAGCGAAGCCACAGACAAAAAAGAAGAGGAAAAUGGACCUCCCCUGAGCCACAAAAACGAAGGGCAGACGUAACUGCCCCCAACCACCCCCGCCCACUCCAACAGCCAAUCUACCUUAGACAGUGAUGGAAGAGGACAGAGCUUCACAAUUUGUUUCUAAGGAAAUGGACAGAUAAAUUUUUGGGUUUUUUUGUUUUGUUUUAGGAAAAAAAUCCAUAGUUUUUUGGAGGGUGGGAAGAGUUUGGAAAGAAAUACAUUUUUAUAUUUAAAAUAUAAACGUGGACUUUAGAGGACAAGGAAGAGACUUAGCUGUGAUAUAACUUAAGAAAGACUGAAUCCCCUGUGUAAGUGUUGGGGAGGCCACCUGAGCGCUCACAGAAGUUCCUGGACCAACUAGGCUUCCGGGGGUGUCCAAGGCAUCACACCAGGCUGUGCCCGUGUGUGACUCCAAAUGAGCUGAGGGCCGCCUCCUGGAGCUCUCCAGGGUGUGUGUGUGCGGAUCAAAUUCUGUCCUCUCUUGGAAGCUGCUUUUUAUCUAAAUUAUUAUCUAGUCAAACUAGAUGUUUUUAAAACAUACCAAGUGGAAAUGACGGCCUCUUCUAAUUUUCUUUUUGAAAAUGUUUCGCAUUAAGUGGUGUGAAGCAAACCGGCAGCUUUGGCUUCAGGCACCGUAGUGCCAGAUAUUUCUACCUGAUGUCACUCGAGUUUGGGGUGAACAAAGUUGAAAUGCCUGCUCUGGACUAAGGCCUAGUGAUGUGUGUAACCAACUCCAUCAGAUUAACACUCGCCCAGACCCUCUGUGCAUUGAUGUAGAACACCAUUCUUGGCUCCUUUUCAGACCAUGACCAGUAUGUACAUGAAAGCAUGUUGUCUGUCAUCUCUUCAUGGUGACUUCCCUCUGCAAACCGGGCUUUGAUCCCUGCGUUUGGGACCCAUUCGUGUUCUUCAGUUGACGAGUCCCAGACAUCAGCUCUGGCUCAGGCAGAGCAGCCGCUGAUACUGUGAGCUCACCCCUCCCACCACACCCUGGGCUGGGACAGCCCUUCGUCUCUUCAUGAACCUCACCUCACCUGGUGCAGCUUCCGUCUCUUUGGUGACUUCCCCCAGUUUCUCUGGCACUUUCAGGUCAUUGGGACACGGGGAAGAGUGAGACCAGUCUGCCCAACUUUUUGCAAAACCUCAUGUUGCAUCAUAUAUCCCAAAGAUUGUUCGGAAAAAAUUGUAUUUGUCCCUGGAGUGAAUGAGAAGUUCCCACUGAGGAAGCAGUUGACUUAAAACUGCAUUGAGUCUAUAGAAACUUAAAGGAAGCAGGUUUCUGCUCGUUCUUUGAUGAAGAAGUGGCUACCAGAAUAGUGAAGUCCCCUUUAAUCCAGUUGGGUUUCAUAAUGAAACCAUCCUAUUCUUGAAUAUUAAUCCUAUUUUUUAUUAACUCAAACACAAAACAGUGUCUUUUUAAAUUUUAUUUACAAAGUAAUAUCACCUUCAGGAACCAAGUUGAGGAUGUAGUCUGUGCCUCUGUGUGAUAAUUAGAUGCUACAGAUGGCUUCCUGCCUCUGAAGCGAGGUCCUGAAGGGAAUACAUGUGUCUCCUGAACACAAACUGCCAAAACGUUCCCUACUGUUACGAGUGUUACCGCCAGCAUUAUUCAUUAUUUAAGGCACACCCCUGGUUGUUGACUGCAUAGCUCCAUUGUGCUGAGAAUGACACAGGAGCAUUUUGUGAAAUUGUUUACACGGUGCCAUGCCUCCAGUCAUGUUUCCCUUAGUGUAUGUGCUGACACAGGUGUUAGGAAAACCUUUCCUCAAAUUUAAACUGAGCCUUCUUUUUAAUAUAUUUCUAAAAUAUGUGUAAAUAAGCUCCCAGAGUCUGUGUGAUGACUGGUUAGCCUUGCCGGACAAGUGAUUGGUUCAUGCCCAAACCAAGCUUUCUCCGCCCAGUGCAAUAUGUUGUUUACUGCUUGUGUCUUUUUAUGACUUUUUUGCCUUUUAGAAAAUUGGUAAAUAAAGCAAGUAUAUUUUUAUUUUUAUUUGUAUGUAUUUUUAAUGUAACACAGAGGCAAAACUGAAUAGAGAUAAAAGAUUAUCAAAAGAUG